CUCUAUUUAUAAAUAAAUAAAUAAAUAAAAAGGCUUUCAGAUGAGCCUUUACUCAAGGCUCUUGAGGUCAACAAGGCUUGCAUCCUCGAUUCUUGUUGCUCGACCGAUUGUCCACACGAGGCCGUGCAGCAUGGAACCCGCUCUGCAGAGCCCGCCCUUCACUCAGCUCGUCGUCAAGGCGAUGCGGUCGCUCUACCCCGAGGAGCUUGCCGACCGGGCGUGGGACAACGUUGGCCUGCUGCAGGAGAACAUCGCCCUGCCCUCCGGUGCUGUUCCUUCCCGGGUGCUCCUCACCAACGACCUGACCCUCCGCGUCGCCGAGGAGGCCAUCAAGAAGCAGGUCUCUGUUAUUGUGAGCUACCACCCCUUCAUAUUCCGUGGCUUGAAGUCUAUCACGCUCGGCGACCCCCACCAGCGCAUUGUUUUGCGCCUGGCCCAGCACAACAUUGCCGUCUACAGCCCGCACACGGCCGUCGAUGCCGUGCUGGGCGGCGUCAACGACUGGCUGGCCAGCAUCCUCGACAAGGUCCCCGGCGGCACCAGCGACGUGACUGUCGUCCAGCCCGCCCGGGGCGCGACCGCGCCCUCCAUCCCGCCGGGGUUCGACGGCGCCGGCUACGGGCGGCUGGUGCGGCUGCGCGAGCCGACGGACCUGGAGAGCAUCCUGCGGGCGUACGCCGUGGCCCUGCGCAUGCGGCAUGUCAUGGUGUCGCGGGUUGCUCCGGCGGCACCCAUCCGCUCCGUCGCCGUCUGUGCCGGCUCCGGGUUCGACGUGCUCAAGGACGCCGACGCCGACCUGAUCGUCACGGGCGAGAUGACGCACCACAACGCGCUGCGCCUCAAGAUGCUCGGCAAGUCCGUACUGACCGUCUUCCACAGCAACUCCGAGCGCGGCUUCGUCAGGGAGGUGCUGCAGCCCAAGCUGGAGAGGGCGCUGAGGGAGGAGGACGCGGUCGCCGAGGUGCUGGUGAGCGAGGAGGACGAGGAUCCCUUUGAGAUCUGGGAGGCCAAGGAGUAGGAAAAGAGCGAUCCCGUUGGGGCGGGGGGGGCGGGGGGAACUGGUUCGGAGCACACGAGAGCUCUGCUUUAAAUAACCAGGGAACUCGGAGAAGACCACUGCUUGACGGAGCGAAGAAAACAAAAGAAAGAAAGAAAGAAAGAAAAACCCUCGCGAGCCACCUCAUUCAUUGUAUUUCCUAGUUUCCGGACGAAGCAGUAGACGUGGCUCAAGGUUGGGCGGCUGCCCGGGCCUCCUUG